UCUGGAGCCAAACAGCCGAACAGCCAAACACCCAAACGGAAAAUCAAAGACUAUUGAUGGACAACACAGAGGAGUUCAAAAACUAUUGGGAAACCAAUAUGUUUCUCCAAAGUGAAGAGUUCGACAGGUGGGGCCUGGAUGAGGCGUUUUCCGGCUACUACGAUUCGAGUUCGCCGGACGGCGCAGCGUCGUCGGCGGCGUCGAAGAACAUAGUUUCGGAGCGGAACAGGAGGAAGAAGCUGAACGAGAGGUUGUUCGCACUGAGAGCGGUGGUCCCCAAUAUCAGUAAGAUGGAUAAGGCGUCGAUAAUUAAAGAUGCGAUCGACUAUAUCCAAGACUUGCACGAGCAAGAGAGGAGAAUUCAGGCCGAGAUAUCGGAGUUGGAGUCCGGAAAAUCGAAGAAGAGUCCGCCGGGGUACGAAUUCGAGCAGGAGAUUCCGGUGUUGGUAUCGAAAUCGAAGAAGAAGAGGACUCAGCACUGCUAUGAUUCCGGCGGAUCAAGAGUUUCCCCAAUCGAGGUCCUUGAGCUGAGGGUCGUUUACAUGGGAGAAAAGACCGUGGUUGUGAGCCUCACAUGUAGUAAAAGAACAGACACAAUGGUAAAGCUGUGUGAAGUAUUCGAAUCUCUGAAGCUUAAAAUCAUUACAGCCAACAUUACUGCUUUCUCUGGCAGGCUUUUGAAGACUGUUUUCGUUGAGGCAGAUGAGGAGGAGAAAGAUGUUCUAAAAAUAAAGAUUGCAGCCAUAGCAGCUCUCAAUGAUCCACAGAGUCUAUGA